AUGCCGUUAGUCAUCGCCCUUCCCCAGUCAGACCGCCCCUCUGCUGCCGCCAUGCACUCUCACAUCUCUCCCCGUUCCCGCAAAGUCGGUUCUGCUGCUUCGUCGCGCCAGUCGGUCUCAGGCCGCUCCGUCCGUAGCAGAGCCUCGACUGCCACCCGCACCACUACCACCCGCUCGACCGCCCCCUCGAGCGUCUCUGUUUCUCCUGCGCGCACCAGCACUAAAAGCAACAUUGCUACGAAACGCGACACUAACAUCACCAUCAGACAAGCUCGCCGCGGCAAGGGUAUCGAAGUCCGAGUCGACAAUCACACCGGUAAUUACGUCGAAGAGUACACCGACGAUAGCGAGGACUUCUCACCAGAGAACUAUAGCGACGAGGAGGAGGACUACACCGAAGACGAGGAGACCGACGAAGGCGAGGACAGCUGGGACCUCAUCGAGGAGGAGAGUGCCAUCAACCCGUCAGACUCGGCCUCAAGGCCUCAGCACCACGCUGGUCGCAGUCGCCAACAGCACCACCACCACGCGGCUCCUCCAGCUCCCGCUGCGCCCUCCGCACCAGUCGCGCACCGUCCGCGACCAUCGCGCCGCGCCUCUUCUCGCCACGCAGUUGCUGCGCCAGAUCCACACUCCGCCCACCACAGCAGCAGAAGCAGAAGCCGUGGUCCCGAACCGGCGCGUGAGCAACGGCCUCGUCGCCGUCGCCAGCAGGCCCACCAGCAGCCACCUGCUGACAGCUUGGGUGAGGAAGACACCGGCGACGACUACCCUGGGUACGGUGCACCACCGCACCACGGCGGACCUCCUGGUCACCCCAGCGCGCAGUGGUCGCACGUUCAGCCAGCUCCCGGCUAUGCACCAAGCCAGAUGUCCCACUUCGAUCCUUACUACGGUGCUGCGUCUCCAUCAGGCCAGCUAGUCGGCCAAGGCUACCAUGGCGGCUUUGAUCCCCAUCGCCAGAACGGCUUCAGUCCUCAACAGCCAAACCCAUUCGCGGCAGGACCUGAAGGCUACUUCCAGGGUCCACAAGGCGCUCGUGCAAACCGCCGUUCAAUGGGCGCGCCUCCAGCCCCGCCGUCUGUGCCAUCUGAUGCCAUGAUGCCCUAUGGUCAACAUCCAAUGGGUGCUCAUCCAGGCUACCCACAAGGCUACCCACCAUAUCCCUAUCAGAUGAUGCCGCCAGGUUUCAAUCCGUACCAACAGCAUCCUUCCCCUCCCCCACAAGACCACCACCGACACCGAUCUAGUCGAUCCAAGCGAGGUACACCGAGACCGCAGUCUUCUCAUUUUGAUCAUUCUGACGAUGAUUUCGCUCAAGCUCCUCCACCACCGCAACAAGUCGUUGUAGCCGCUCCACCACCACCGGCCCCGCCCCCACCACCUCCACCUCCGCCGCCAGACACAGCGAAGGAGGACGCUAUGCUCAAGAGGCUGAACGACUUGCUCCUCGGCAAAGCCGAAGAAGAGGCAAGAAAGGAAGCAGAAGCUAGGAAGAAUGCUGAAUUGGCCAAGUUCGACCGCCUGGAAAGUCUUCUCGUCGCACAGCAAGAGGCGCAGAUUGCCAAAGACAAGGCGAAGCAGCAAGCUAUCGUGGACGCUGCCAAGAACGCCGCGGAGGCAAAGAAGAAGGGCGAUGAGGAUAAGCUCGCUAAGCUCGAGAAGCUCAUCUUGGCCCAGAAAGACGAGCAACUCAAGCGCGAGGCAGCAGCAGAUGCCGCGCGCAAGGCGGCCACGGAAGAGGCAGAUGCCCAGGCCAAGAAGAUUGCCGAAGAGAAGAAGGCUGCCGCGGAAUCUGCUGCUCUGUUGCUUGAGGCGGCGAAGAAAGCUCGCGAGGAAGCCGAGAAGAAGGCAGCAGCAGAGGCUGAGGAGACUAAAAAGGCUCACGAGAAAGCCCUAGCUGAGGCCAAGGCUGCAGCAGAGGAGCUUGAGAAGGCGAAGAAGGCUGCCGAAGAAGAAGCAGCCAAGCUCAAGCCCUCUGAUGCACCAAAGGCGCCCAUCAAGUUCAAGGAUGCGGUUGGCCGCAAGUUCAGCUUCCCAUGGCACAUCUGCAAGACUUGGAAGGGUAUGGAAGAGCUCAUCAAGCAGGCCUUCCUGCACGUCGACAUCAUUGGCCCUCACGUACACCAGGGCCACUACGAUCUUGUCGGGCCCGACGGUGAGAUCAUCUUGCCCCAGGUCUGGGAAACCAUGAUCCAGCCCGACUGGGCCAUCACGAUGCACAUGUGGCCCAUGCCCGAACCCAAGGAGGACACGCCACCGCCACCACCACCACCACCACAGCCGGUUCCGUUCGAUCACGCGCAGUUUAUGGCAGCCCCGAUACGUCCUAGCAAGCACGGCAAGAAGUCAAGCAGCAAGAAGGUCCCCAGGGUUAUCCCUGAUGCGCACGAAGUCAUGCCCCCUCCCCCGCCCCCUCCCCCUAUGGUCCCUGGAGCACCUCCACCGCCGCCAGGUGGUGCUGGCAUUCCAGUGGGAGUGAUGGUCAUGCCUUCAUCCGGCAGUGGAGCCCCACAUAAGCCUAAGAAGAAGCCUGCGCCUGGUGGCUUCUUCGCCUGGGCAGCUGGCGGCAACGGUCGGUCUGGCUCCGUCAAGAAGAGCAAUAAGAAGGCCUGA